AUGUGGAUUUUCACUCUGGUUCUGUUUUUGGGAAAUCUUCUUGUCGGUGAAACGGCCAACAACCAGGACUCAGAACCAUCUCCUGUAAUUGAGCUCUCUGCAACAACCUCCCCUGGUUUUUUAAUACUGGAAAAGGAGAAAUCCAACAGCUCAAUUCAUCCACCUCAAGUAGCAGGACCAAAAACAUCACACCCUCCUAUGUGUUCAGAGUCAGCUGGAAUCAGAGUCACCUUCAAAUAUGUCAAUAUUAUAGUUUCCCUGGUUGUUUUCGUUGUUGGAAUAGUCGGGAAUUCCGCCUUACUUCGAAUUAUCUACGUAAACAAACGCAUGAGAAGUGGCCCUAACAUUCUCAUUGCGAGCCUUGCUUUGGGAGAUCUAAUCCACAUUGUGAUAGACAUUCCAAUCAAUGCUUACAGGCUCAUGGCAGAAAAUUGGCCCUUCGGUUUAGUACUUUGCAAACUCAUUCCCUUCAUACAAAAAACCUCUGUUGGAAUUACUGUGUUGAGCUUAUGUGCCUUGAGUGUUGACAGAUACAGAGCUGUUGUGUCCUGGAAUCAAAUCAAAGGCAUCUGGGUUUCAGUGUGGACAGCAAUUGAAAUAGGUCUGAUAUGGGUUAUUUCUAUCCUGCUGGCUGUCCCUGAAGUUGUGGGCUUUGAUAUGAUAACAAUGGACUAUAAAGAGAAGCGUCUCACGAUAUGUCUACUACACCCAAUGCAAACCACGGGGUUCAUGCAGAUUUAUAAAGCAGUGAAAGACUGGUGGCUCUUUGGCUUCUACUUUUGCAUGCCACUAGUUUGGACUGCAGUGUUCUACACGCUGAUGACCAGGAAAAUGCUGAGAAAAACUGAGACUACAUUAUGCGAACACAUCAAGCAGAGAAGAGAAGUUGCAAAAACUGUCUUCUGCCUGGUGAUUGUGUUUGCACUCUGCUGGUUGCCUCUGUACCUCAGCAGAAUCUUGAAAUUAACAAUUUAUGAUGAAAAAGAUCCUAAUAGGUGUCAGCUGCUGAGCGUCUUUCUUGUCCUUGACUAUUUUGGCAUAAAUAUGGCAUCCCUGAACUCAUGCAUCAACCCUAUUGCAUUGUACAUUGUCAGCAAAAGAUUCAAGAGAUGCUUUAAGGCAUGUCUGUGCAGGUGUCUACCUCUUCAAGCUGUUGCCCAUGACGAGAUGCAGUCUGUUUUGAAGUCCAGAAUGCAGGAUCAAGCCUCAGAGCAGAGCUGCAACAUCAAAGCUCACAAGCAGACUCCUGUACCUGAACCUGAGCAGGAGAACACCUUACUGUGCUAACAAAACUCACUUUGAAAACACUUUGUGAGAUUGUCGAUAUAUCUUUAUUAAAUAUACAUGGCCAUCAAAACAGCUACAAAGGCAGCUCUAUCGGCAGCUCGGCAACCUUGACAUGCCAUCCUAAUAAUAUAAAAUACCUUCUGAAUAACAUGGAGCCCUGUCUUUUGUAAUGCUGUCGUCAGUUGAACAUCUGCUUUGGCAUGAGCAA